AUGCUUGUACACUCGCGAAUACAUACCUCUAAGUUGCGGGUGCUGACGAUCUGGAGGUGGCAUCAUGGUCGUAUCUAUGAGGUCUUGUUUGACAAGUGUUCAUACAUCCUCCCCGAGGUGGCUGACAAGUUUGUCCACAGCUUCAUGAAGGACGUUCCGCUAACCUCUUCCUAUGAGGAGGUCAACGACCUGGGUAUCCUGACGAAGGAGAACCUCCUGAACAUCGGCAACCAGGUCAACUCCGAGUGGGAGAAGAGACCGUAA